GUUACAUUAGGCUGCUUUUAUGGCCGUGCCUGGAAAAUUUUGUGAAAUAAUUCGUAGUGAACGGAUAAAAACAAAGAAUAUAUAUGCAACCUGAUUGAACCAUGGAUUACUAAAGGUGAGAUUCACAUCUCAAAUUUAACUUCGCUUCAAACAUGUCUGGUGGUCCACCUCAUCACCCACAUAACCGGCAGGUACCGGGAUCAAAUCUAGGAAACACAGCAUGGAAUCAUUUGCAGGUCCCCAAUUUCUUUCCAAGACAGCCCCAGCUAGCACAUAUGUCCAAUGAGCAUUCCAUGCUCCACCAACCGACAUGGCACACUCCAACGACGGAAGCCUUAAAAAACUACCCCCACAGCCACGUCCUCAGUGAAAUGUUCAAAAAUGAAUCCCUGUUUCCCAGAGACUGUGUUGAUCUAAGCCUGGCAAGAAAUGGCAAUCAAAACGGAGAAUUAGCUCCGGUUCCAAUCAGUUUGAGUGUUAGAGACACUAACAAAAUAAACAGUUUACUUCCCAGUGCUUUGGACAUACAAGCUGUUGAGCUCACGAAGAGCACCAGUCCCGCUCUACAAUCUAGUCCCAAUAGAAAAUCCAUAAGUCCUGGAUUAAAGUCAUCAAGUCCGAGUAUAAGAUCUGUUCCAUAUCCAAAAACCUCAAGUCCUGCACAGAUAUCAACUGCCUCGAGUCUUUUCUCCGCUAGCUCCAGUUUAUUUUCUACUGCUAGGAAUCUUAAUCAAAAUUUAGUGUCUUCAGGUCCUGUUCCCAAAUCGGCUAGUCCGGGGUUGAAACCAUCUAGCCCAAUCGUUAAGCCAGCCAGUCCUGGCUUGAAACUUUUUCCUACAAACGCGCAAGGUCUAUUUCCCGCUAUCACUCCCGAGGUUGUAAAAACCUCUCAAAAACGGUCUAAUGUUAGGGUAGAUUCUAUAUUAGAAAGGCUCAAUCCUACACCAGAUAAAGUAGUUAAUGUUCAAGAAGACAAACCCAGUAAGUCCCACGAAACCGAAGUUACUUCUAUAUUUGCAGACAAGCCCGUCAGUGUCAUCGUCCAAACGACGACGACCGGAUUCGAUGAGAAUAGUAACUCUAGCAGUAUUAACAAUGUACCAGUGAUGGCUGUAUCCAAAGAUGAGGACACAGUGUCGACAAAUAGCAAUGACGAUAAUAGUGCAGAUAGCACAAAGUCUCGGCGGAAACGAAAGCCCAGUAAAACAAUUCGAGUAUCGAAGGAUGACGAGAGGAUAGAAGAAGCGGCAGAAAUUGCGGAAAUUUCCAUUAAAGAAGUAGUACGGGUGGAAGAAAAAGACCCCAUCAGCAUAAUGGGCGAGAUGUUGGAAGACAACAAGAACACCGACAAGGAGGAAUCCCCCAGUGACUUGGAAGACUUAAUAUCCUCGACCAAACGACGUAAAACUUCUUCGGAAUCAGAAACUAUCGAUGAUAUUGCAGCGAUGGUACAAGAGAGUCUAAAGGAAAAGGAGCUGAGGCAGCAAAAGGUAUUGGAUGGUACCAAAGAGGAGCUAACUCCAGAACUGCCUGCUAAACCUAUAUCCGUUAGCGUUAUAAAGACGAAGGAAAAUCUGGCUGAAGUUUUAUCAGAUACGGGUAAUAUAAACGCGAAAGAAAAUUUGGCUGCUGUCUUAUCGGAUUCAAGUCACGUCGAAGCGAAAGAUAAUCUGACUGGAUUGUUUUCGGAAAUGAGUCAAAUAAAGACUAAAGACAAUCUGACUGAUGUGUUAUCAGAUAAAAGCCACAUAUCAGUCAAAGAAAAUUUGACUGAAGUGUUAUUAGAUUCGAAUGAGAUUAAGACGAAAGACAAUCUGACUGAUGUGUUGUUGGACAGUGCUCACGAUUCUAGUACACUUGUUCCAUCCGUAAGUAUUCCUGUUCCACCUGCCGUGGAUACUCCGGCUGCCAAGAAGACCACUACGGACUUCGUAGAAGUAGAAAAUAAAUUAGAAGAAAUGUUUGCAGGUAUAGAAGACACAAGUGAGCCCGUAAAGCCCCCAUCAUUAGAUUUGGAUGACUCAAAGGCGGACGAUCCUCUUCUGAAACUAGAUGAUGGAAUAGCACCUAGUUCGGAAAGUGCAGACGAAGCUAAAUCACCUAAAAAGACAAAAACCGAAGACACCGAGCAGGAGGAAGAUAAUGAAAAAUCUUCAAUAAGUAAAGAACUAACUUCACAAACUGAAGUCGAGGAACAGAAAACUCCAGUCAAAAAAACGAAACGCAAAGCACCUCCUAUGGCGAGUCCUGUAGAACAAACGCCCACACCUAAGAAGAAGAAAGUCAUUAAAAUCUCGAAGCCGAAAAGUCAGCAGAAAGGCGGUAGUAGCACCAAGAAACCUCAGAAAGUGAAACCGACGGGGAAACUCGACGUUGCCAAAGACAUUUACGCUUACGAUUCGGGUAGUAACACUAGUUCUACUAAAUCUAAGGGACCCUUUAUACAGAUCAAGGGUCCUAGAGAUUCGCCUCUUUCUGUCAACGUUAUUAACUAUGCUACAAAUGAUGAAGAGAGCGAAAGGAAGUUGCCAAAGUCUAAGAAAUUUCACGAUGAUUCCGAAUAUAGGCACAAGGUUCGUUCCAAGGGGCUGCAUUCUAGCACAUUGAGCAACAAGUACGACGCCCAGACGAGGGACGCGACGUGGAUCUGCGCCUUCUGCAAACGGGGACCUCACGCUAGCGAGCUGACAGGUCCCACCGUUGAUAGGAAUAUCGAACCACCCGGAGACCUUUUUGGACCUUACUUCAUCACCACGCAGUGUCCAGAAUUCGAGAGGCGGCUGGACGAUCCGUACGAUAGACAAUUUAAAAGUAAAAAGAUCACAAAAGCGUUAGACGAAGCCGCAACAAUAGCUUCCAGAAGCAAGAAAUCCAAGCGGAAACAUUCCGACAGUGACGGCCUAUCGGAAAGCGAGUCCGACAUUUACCUGGGAAUCACCGCCACGGGAAACAAGACUUACGAGAUUUGGGCGCACGAGGACUGUAUUGUAUGGUCACACGGCACGUACUUGAUAGGACCGAAAAUAGUGGGACUCGAAGCAGCAGUGUGGACUUGUUGUAACGUUAUGUGUAAGUCGUGUAAUUUGAAGGGAGCCAACAUUUUGUGUUUUAGAAGAGGUUGUCUGAAUGCUGCGCAUAUCAGUUGCGCGCGAAAGAACGCUUGGCAGUUUGUGGAAAGUAAUUUUAAGGCGUACUGUCCCGAUCAUCGGGUUCCAUGACAAAUUGUGGACGGUUAGAACGGUUAACGAGCGGGAUUUGAUGAUGGAUUGUUGUAGUACAAAGUUUGGUUACAGUUCUAGGAAAACGUGCUCCGUUUUAGUAAAAUGGGCAACCUGUGUUGGUAAUUUUAAUCUUUAAUGAUUUGUUCUAGGUAGUUUUUAUAGGAACAAUCAAUGGAAGUAUAACUUUUGCAAAAAAUGGGAUAUAUUAGGACUUCUAACUCUCCCUAACACAAAAAAUUUUAACUUAAACACCAGAGUUGAAAAUUAAUAAUCCUUGCUUAAUUUAUAAUACUUUUGUCUGUACGGACUUUAUGAAGAUUUUAUUGUGAUAACAUUCGCAUUCACUUAUAUUUAAAGUGUUGUAGGAGAGGUGUUUUAACGACCGUAUUUUUACACGAAUCAUAAUCGUUAAUAACUUUGGCUGGUAUUUUCUGCUGCUAGGCUUUCUGCGUUUAAGAAUAUAUUUACCACCGAGCUAACCUCUCUUUUCUAUAUAGUUUCUAUUUUGGAUAAGAUAUCCAAAAUAUUUAUGCAUGCUUCAAGAAUUCUGAAUUAAUGUUGGAUUUCCUUAUUUUGCUGUAUUUUUCACAUAUGAAAUCAUAAGUUUUAAAAUUGGGCGGGAAUUUGUA